UGCCACAACCCUAAUGAUAUAAAGCACCUCGACUUAACUCAGUAGAACAGAACAAAUAACAUUAAUCAAUUACAUCUAUUUGGAUAUCUGAGAAGACAAAAACAACACCCACUUACAGAAAUGACAUCGAACGAUGCAGCAACAUGGAACGCAGGCGACCUACCAUCUGAUGGAACCAACUUGGUAGACUGGUCUUUUGAUAUAAAUGAGAUGUCCGACUGGUCUUUCGGAGAUCUGCCAUCAAUGGCACCCACUGCACGGACAUCGUCCGGCAACGAGAUAGAAUUGCACAGUGGACCCACCGAAGGAACUGCGAUCACCCACAAAAUAUGUUGCCAGUGCGCAAACGUUAAGUCGUUUGAGACAAUGAUGGACGAGAUUCGCAAAGUUGUUGCACAGGCGAGAGAAGACCAGAUGGACGCUGUCGAAAAAAGAAUUACAUCCUUGGAAGCUAGAGCCGUUCUCGUGGAAGGGAUUGUUCAAGAUGUCAAAGAGGGUGCUGGGAAGUUUAAGGGCAGAUUGGAUCGUUAUACCGAUGAGGUAGAUGAUUUGCAUGAGCGGAUUGAUAAAGUCAAUAAGUGGCUUGGUGACGCUCACGAAAAGGUGGAAUUUCUGAUGGAUAUGGAAGAUAAGAAAGGAUAAGCUAUAUUUCCUGAGUUUGGUACUCGUGCGGCCAGAAAGUAUGACACACUCCACUCACAUGCACGUCCCAGAAGGUGGUAAAAUACAAGAUGAUUGGUGGCCCAUAUUUAGGUUGGGUGUUGUAUACUUUCUGGAAGCAUUAGUACAUUUGCGCGUUUUAUUUUAUCUGAAAUUAAAGCAUAUUUUGAGAUC